UUUUUAAACAGAAAAUUUUUGAAAAAAGCUUGUAGACUGCUGGAUAAGUCUUUGGCUCAUCGGGUCGUGUAGAAGAUAUCGGAGUUUAGAAUUUUUGAAAACUAGAAAGCUAUCAAUGUCUUGAAAAUGAUGUAAUCUUUUUUCGUGGGUUUGUUAUUUGACAAGACACACAGUUCCAAUCUCUUUCCCUGUCGCCUUUCUGAUUGCUAUGAUGUUUAUAACGACAAGAGAUGUAAAGAACCUUUAAAGAAAGGCUACUGUUGGCAAUCUCUUACCCGAAGAUUUUAUUUAAAAUGAGCGGUAGGCCUCGUACAACGUCGUUAGCAGAAACCGGGAAAUCUCAGGGUUCUUCUUUUGGCGGCGUUAAAGUUAGCCGUGACAAAGAUGGUGGUAAAGUGACUACAGUCAUUGCAACGUCAGGUUCAUUGCCUGAUCGGACUCAAGAAAUCAGCUAUGCCGACACGAAAGUUAUUGGAAAUGGAUCCUUUGGUGUUGUAUAUCAGGCACGAUUAUGCGAGGGUGAUCAGCCUGUCGCAAUCAAAAAAGUUUUACAAGAUAAAAGAUUUAAGAACAGAGAACUUCAAAUUAUGAGAAAACUGGACCAUUGUAACAUUGUCAAACUGAAGUAUUUCUUUUAUUCAAGUGGCGAAAAGAGAGAGGAAAUUUAUUUGAAUUUGGUGUUAGAAUUUGUCCCAGAAACUGUGUAUCGAGUUGCAAGGCAUUACAGUAAAUCAAAACAGACUAUUCCUUUAGUUCAUGUCAAGCUCUACAUGUAUCAGCUGUUUCGUUCAUUAGCCUACAUCCACUCACUUGGAAUCUGUCAUAGAGAUAUCAAACCUCAAAAUUUGUUGCUAGAUCCAGAUACGGCAGUCCUAAAACUAUGUGACUUUGGAAGUGCAAAGGUUCUUGUGAAAGGCGAGCCAAAUGUGGCCUAUAUUUGUUCUCGAUACUACCGUGCACCAGAACUGAUAUUUGGGGCAACAGAUUACACCUCAAAUAUAGAUGUUUGGUCAGCAGGGUGCGUCUUAGCUGAACUUUUGCUUGGACAGCCAAUAUUUCCUGGUGAUAGUGGUGUUGAUCAACUUGUAGAAAUAAUUAAAGUUCUUGGAACACCUAACAAAGAACAAAUUAAAGAGAUGAAUCCUCACUAUACAGAAUUUAAAUUUCCUCAAAUUAAACCUCAUCCAUGGAGCAAGGUAUUCCGUCCCCGAGUCCCUCCAGAAGCGACGUUACUUUGCAGUAAACUACUCGAAUACACUCCAUCAAGACGAAUGUCGCCAGUUGAGGCAUGUGCGCACAAUUUCUUCGCCGAGCUUAGAGAUGCGAACACAAGAUUACCAAAUGGUAGAGAGCUACCUCCUUUGUUUAACUUUAGUUCCGCAGAACUUGCUAUCAAGCCAGCUCUUAAUGCUACUCUAAUCCCAUCUCAUGCCAAGAAUGCCGCGACAGCUACGAACAGUUCGACAGAUUCCCCUACAUCCAGCACGAGUAGUACCGCUUUAAUGGAUGGUGGUACAUCUUCUUCAGUCGCUACUGCUGCGUCGUAACAAAACAACUAGACGAAUAGUAACUAAUAGUAAACUACUCAUCGAAUGUAUUUUUUUCUUAUCUUUCCAUCUAUUUUUAAUUGUCGGGGAUGCGUGUUGGCGCUAUGCGCUUCAUCUUAAGUCAUGAUUUCGGUAACGUAAGCAGAGAAACCAGUUCAUCGCUCAACGUUGUACGUGAGCAGAUUGUACAGCUCUUUGUAAGAGAACCCUCUGCGAUACAUGUAAAAGAAAAUAAUACUUUUAAAAGUGGGAAAUGUGUAAUUUUAACAUAGAGUCUUUUAAACUAGUUACAAGGGAUUUUCAUCGGCAGUGUUUUAGACUUAAAAUUUUCAUACAUUAUGUCUCACAGAGUGACAUAAAGGCUAGUGUAAAUUAUUUAAACGGGACAAACAGUAUAAAUAUCAUGUGAUAUUUAAAUUUCUUGUAAAAUACUUUGCAUAGAUUUUUACUAGUAGCUGUAUCAUUUGCCGAUGUGUAAUGUGAAAUGAGACAAAAUUAAUUCUUGUACAGUGUAAUAAGAACUUC